UGUAGCGCCGCCUGCCUCUUUCUUGCCUGUAAUUAGUUGAUUCAUCAAACUGAGCUUGUGAUAUUGACGCCUUUUACACCGCCGUCAAUUUCCCAUCCAAAUUUCCCAAGCAGAGAAGAGAAAAGGAUAAAAAGAUCUUUAUCAGAGGACAGAUAAGUCACCACGAUGGUCUGCGCCAAGUGCCAGAAGCUCAACAAGACGGUUCUCGCCACCCCGGGCGUCAAGAAGAAGUCCGAGAUGUACUACGGCUCUCCGGCGUCCUCGACCUCGACCUCGACCUCGUCAUCAUCCCAGGCUGGCGCCGCCAAGAAGUCGGCCACGCUCGGCCAGACGGGCGUCUCCAAGAGCAAGCUGCUGUCCAAGGCGGCCAAGAACCCCUACGCGCAGUACUCGAGCUCCUGCACCCGCUGCAAGGCCAAGAUCUCCCAGGGGCACACCUACUGCAACCAGUGUGCUUACCGGGCCGACGCAUGUCAUAUCUGCGGAAAGCCAAACAAACCCAAGACGGCCGUACCCACUGUUGACGGCCAGAAGCGCACUCUCAAGUGAGUCUUGAGAGAGUCCAUCUUCACGGGGGCAACCGGGGGGCAACCGGGGGACACACUCUCCCCCCCCCCCCCA